UGCGCGGCCAGCGCAAAGGUGUUGCAACAGUGCAUGAACAGCGGCAAAAAGCUGACUGUCAUCUCUCAUCCCUCUGAAACGACCCUGCGCGUGUGCAGGCUAAUCGCAACAGACCUAGCAAGUCCACGAUCAAUUACCACUUGGCUAGGCUGAGCAAGCACAUGUAGAGAUGGCCCAUUUGGCUGGCGGAACGUCACAGAAAGCAGAGUCGUCGGAUCGAGGUGAUCGAAUCAUCAGCGGGGAGCAAUGUAAGCAUAGAAGCCAGGGGAUGGGGCAAACCGAAGAUGAGAAGAAAAAGCGGCCUACGGCAACAAGCCGAGCCACGAGCCCGGUGACAGCUAAGCUAGGUCGUCUAUGCAAUUUCAGAAGCAACGUGGACGUCAGCGCGGCCAUUGGUAAAGCGGCAUCUGCACAAGACGAAGCCGGACUGGCAUGCACAGCGAGGGGAGAGAGACAUUCUGUACGAUAUACGAAUAGACAAAAUUUCUUUCUGUGGCAGCCAACGGCGGCGGCCCACGCAGUGGUGCCGAUUGACGACGCGAGCGAGCCGUCUGCCGGCGAGCGACUUGGCAAGGAAUCGCAUGUCCAAGCUGGCCGAGAGCGUGCAGGCGAGCGGGUGCCGAGGCUGAACACCUUGGUCAGGUCCGUGGCAGAGCGAUAGCUGCAUGCCAACGCCUCGGAAGCUGUAGCAGCACGGCCUCGCCCUGCGCCAACUGCGGGGUUUAGGGUGCCCCGAGCCUUUGGCUC